AAGAAGGGUGGGGGACAGUUUCGGCAGAUUGCUUGUGUCGUUCGGAGCUAAAUUAAAACCUCCUUGUUUUUAUUUUGUGACUUGAAAAAAUUGUGGAAAAAAAAUUGUUUGAAAAAUGGGGAAAGGGUUCAAUAAUUACAUGUGCAAAAAAUUCUUCCAUCCGGCAUCUCGGGACAACUUGAAAAGAGUGUGGAUGGCCGAGCAGCAGGCUGAGGCAUACAAGAAAAAGCAGGAGGAGCUGAGGGUGCAGUACGAGAAGGAGCAGGAUCUACAUAAUAACAAAGCUAUUUUGAGUAAAGAAAGUAAAGACAAACUCAGCGUCAAUUUUAUGUACGAGCCACCCCCGGGGGCUAAGAAAGAACGUGAGAAGGAGGACAAUGAACCAGAGUAUAAGUUCGAAUGGCAGAGGAAAUACAACGCACCCAGGGAGAGCUACUGCAAGGGUGACAGUGAAAUAAGAGAUCAGCCUUUCGGAAUUCAAGUGAGAAAUGUCAGGUGCAUCAAGUGCCACAAGUGGGGGCACAUUAACACAGAUAAGGAAUGUCCACUGUACAGUCAAGCAAUGAGCGCAGUUAUCCAGCCAACCAGUACAACCACGAGCUCCUCCAAUUCCAAGGACGCUCCAGACGCUCUGACUCUAGUCCAGCAGAUGAAGGACGACGGUUUAGCACUCAAGAGAUCAGCACUAACCGCCCAACAACAUCUUCGAGUACCCCAGCAUGAGGAGUUGAUGGUCUCCGGGGACGAUGAACCCACAGAAGAGGAAUUCCUAAAAUCUCUGACGAGGAAGGAGAAGAAAAAAUUAUUGAAAAAAUUGGAAAAAAUGGAGAGGAAGAAGAAGCGCGAAGCGAAACGUCGAAAGGUGAAGAAAGAGGAGAAGAAAAGGAAACGAAAAAAGAGGAAAUGUAGACCCCAGGAGAGUUCCUCCAGCAGUUCCAGUAGUAGUGACAGCAGUAGCAGUGACUCCACAUCAAAUAAUAGUUCAUCUUCAGAGGAUGAAAAAAAGCGUCCGAAGAACCGAAAGACCAAAAGAAGUAGAAGAGACUCAAGUGAGACUGAAAACGACUCCAAAGAGCGUGAGAAACCCACUAGAAAUCGAGGGGAAGUUGAGAAAUCCCACAGAUCGGUGAGCGAAAAAGCGAGUCGAGGAGAGAACGAGAGGUCCCACCGGGAUGAGAGGAAAGAUUUCGAAAGGCAGUGGGGAGAUCGACACGAGAGAGAAAGGUCUGACAGCCGCAGGGAUCGUGACAGAUACGAUAGGAAACGACGAGCGCAGGAGUCCGACAACGACAGGAGAAGCAGACGCGAGUCCAAGCGAUCUCGGGAAUCUUAAAAUGUUUUUAUGAAUUUUUUAAUAUUAUUCAUAUGUUUCAAUAAUAUUAAUGUCCAUUUUUAGAAUUUGACGUUGAUACAGUUGAUAUAAUUAACUAGAUUGUUUUUAAUUGAGUGACUGUCAGGUGGGUUGUGUUUUAAGAGGACUAAAAUGAGUUUAUAUUGUUGUAUUAUUUGUGUGAUGAUGAAUGAUACUUUUGUACAAUAAUUAUUGUAAAAUCUGGAUUGGGAGGAUUAAUAGAGACUUUGAAUUUAAUUAUUUCAA